UCCUCUCCUUUGUGGACAUCGUGUUCGAGAAUAACAAAGGAACGUCAUUUUGGACGAUCGAUUGCUUCUUCCUUGGUUGCGUAACGGUGGUUCUGCAUUCCAUAUGUCAAGAUGGCUAUGGCUAUGCCUUCUUCACGAAGUGAGUUAUCUCUAAAAGAAAAAGCGCUUUUUAAAUAUACUCAAGAGCGAAAUUAUGAAGAAGUUAAACGCUUAAUUACUGAAGAAGAAAAUAUAUAUGUUGAUUGCGUUGAUGCCGAGGGCAUGACACCUCUUCAACAUGCCGCAUACAAAGGCUGCACUAAAUUGUGUAAGUUAUUGUUAGAUUGUGGAGCAGAUGUGAAUUAUACAAGGCAGGUUUCACGUUAUACUGCUCUUACAUUUGCUUGCGUAGCUGGAAAAGCCGACGUAGUUCGCCUGCUUUUGGAAUACGGAGCUUCAACCUCAAAUGUCACUUCCAUCAAUAAGACCUCAGCCCAGAUGGCUGCAUUCGUUGGAAAUCAUCAUAUCGUAAGUAUAAUCAAUAAUUUCAUACCUAUCCAGGAAAUCGAAUAUUUCAAUAGAAUACAAGGGUUAGAAACAGAACCCAGACUUCCACCAACAAUGAAUACCAUUGUUCACAAAAUGGCCAUUAUGACGAAUAUUAAUCCGGUAAGAUUGAUAAUGUAUGUUCAGAGUAAUCCAGUACUUCUUCACAGUGUAAGGAAAGUUGUAAGAGUUUUUAAUGCUAUGGCUGAGAAAUAUUUGAGAGUUGAAAAUAAUGAUUUACUGUCUCUCAAGUUCCACCAUUUGGCAUAUGUUUUAUCUGCAUGUGAGAAAUACUACAUUGAGCAUGCAUCUGCAGAGGAAAGUGAAAGAAAAUCAAUUAGAGAAUGUUUAAAUCCUUUCAUUAAAUAUCUGAUCAAAGGGGAUGUCAAUGGUUUCCCUGUUAAUCUGGAGAAAUUUCUUCGACAGGAUAUCCAAAGGUAUCCAUUUGUUGAAUGUCAUUUAUUUCUGCAGCUUGUGAGAACUCUAUCACCAGUUGAAAUUGGAGGUGAACCCAGUGCAAUUUCUAUUAUUGGGGAAGCUGUAAAUGGUCAGCGUAUGAGUGAUAAUACUUGUAUUUGCUCAACUUGUUGGGAGCCGAAUGCUGAAAAGAAAUGUUCUGUUUGCAAAUCGGUUCAGUAUUGUGAUAAAGCAUGCCAAAAGAUGCAUUGGUUUACUCAUAAAUUAAUCUGUCCCCACCUUACUAAAUUGAAUGAGGGUGUCGAAAAGCUUCAUUUGGAAUCUAAUUUUUAUGAAAAAGAUCCUAAUGCUCCAGGUCAACCUGGUUGUAGUUCACGAUCAUAAAAUAUAUAUUCAAAAGAAAUCUUAUUUCCAACUUCCCUAUCUAAAUUAAAUCCUUUGUUUGCAUGCUGCAUUGUAUUUUAUCAUUUAUUAUAGAUGUAUUUAAGUUGAAGUUCUGUGAUUUUAUGUCUUUGUUUUUAAGUAGUUUAAUUUAUUUUUGAGUUAAGUUUUUAGAUUGUUUAUAUAAAUUUUGUUUGCCACAUGGUAUUAUGUAAUUAUCACAGCAGGUAUCAAGGCAAGAUUGGUAUGUUUGGAUUGGUUUUAUUGGCAUAGAGUCAACAACUAAUUUGAGAUUCCUGAUAAAGCAUUAACUGUCAGAUAUCAUUAAAAAUAUGUAAAGGUAAAACCUGUUUCAAGUUUUAUAAAAGUACAUUGUGGCAUUGACCACUAGGAUAGCCUUUUAAGUUAUGUGUUUAAUUACUUAUAUCAAGACAUAUUUUAAAUUUGUAAUUGGAUAUAGAAAAGAUGCAUUUGGUUUAGGUUUAUAAGUACUGAACAUCUAUAAUUUUUUUUAAAAAUUAUGUAUGUAAAAGAAACAAUAAAAUUACUUGAUUUCUAAUAUAUCAUCAUUUGAAUUUGUUAUUUACCACAUCAAUGAAUUAUAUUUUGAAAAUCUUCUUUUUAAAAAAAUAUCUACUUUGAUCUGCUAUUUAUUUUGAAUUUGGUGCAGAUUGCUCAAUAUUCCCAAGAUUAAAUUUUUAUAAUAAAUUAAUAAAUGCUUAAAUGAAAUGAAGUUUUAAUAUGUCAGAAAUUGUAAAUGCUAAGAAAAUAUUAUCCUAGAAUUUGCUUUAAAUCUGUUCUGUAAAAAUUAAGUCUUUACCUACUUAAUAUGUUUUCCCCAUCUGAAUUGAUCACAUGUUUUUAAAAUGGGAACUUCCUUUAUUUAUGUGUAUAUGAAAUGUUCACUAUUUAUUGUGAAACAUUGGUGCUUUUGUAUAUGACCAAGAAUGUGAAUUUAGUCCGUAUUUUAUAUAAUAAAUCAAUGUAUAUUAUAUUCCAGUCAAUAUUAAAUUCUUAUAAAAUGAUUUUUAAAAAAUAGACAGAUUACAGUGGUAUCAGAAUGGUGUAAAACCGGUUAUGUCUUCCUUUUUUUCCUUCCUCGCAACCAUUUGUUUAAAAGUGGGUUCAAAGGAAGUCUAGGUGUUGAAGAUAAAAUAUUAGUAUAUUUCUUUCAUAUGAUAAAGCCAAUAAAAAAUAUGAAGUAUAGUUAUUCCUGCCUGGUAUCAUGUCAAAAUUGUCUUGUUUAGGUUAGUUAUAUUAACUUUGAAUCAGUGACUAAUUUGAAAUUCUUGGUGAAGCAUUACUGUCGGAUAUCAUUAAAAAAUAUAUAAAAGAAAAAAAGUUUUUCAAGCUAAUAAGAAAAAAAAAAAACUGGCUUUGGUUAUUUAGAUAGAUGUACAGUUGCUUCUAUCAAAUAAUUUCUUUUUAAACUUAUAACAAAUUCAUCCCCCCCCCCCCCCCCCGCAUCUAAUUAUAUGUUUUGUUUAUGUUUGCUCAUGAGUUACGAACUUAAAAAAAAAUUUCAUUUAUGCUUACUGCUGAAAAGAUGAAUUUGCUUAAUUUAUAAUAUAUUAUUUUGUUAUAUGCUAUUUCUUAUCAAUGACUUACAGUUAUUGUAAAAAUUUUCCUUUUAAACUGCAGCGUAUAAUCAUAUGAAUUUGGCAUUGUUCCAUUAUGUGGGAUUUACUGCAUCUAGGAAUUAGUUAAUAUGAAAAUUUUCCUUUUAAUUUGUAAUAUGCUUUUAUGUAAAUUUAUAUCAUUUUCUUAUGAAGUUUACUUCACCAAUGAAAUACAAUUCUUAUUGAGAAAGUUUUCCUUUUAAUUUACAAUAUAUCUUCACCACCGCAGCUACAGAUUUGGCGUUUUAUGCACUAAUGCGCCAAUAAAGAGCAAUCCUGUUGUUCGCACACAACACUUAAAAACCGCAAAAUCUGUAGCUGCGGUGGCGUUAAUACGUAAGUGCCCUUCCUUUUAAUUUGCAACAUUUUAUUAUAUGAAUUUAUGGUUGACUUGUACUUUAGUGUGUUCCCGAGUUUGUCAUCAAUAUGGUAACCCAAGGAAAUGAUCUUCCAGCAACCCUAAUGCUGUUUUGUUUACUACUUUUUACAGUGGUUGAGUUGUACAUGAACUACAACUAGUUUAUGAAAAAUGUUAAAUUAAAUAUAAAAAAUAUCAAUUAAAGAUUUUAAUUUAGUUCUGUAUUAUAAUUUUAAAAAAUUGUAUUGUUAAUAAGACAUUGUAAUGUUAUUUUUAAUAUGAAUACAAACAGAAAAUAUUUAUUCUUUUUCAAUCCUUAAUUGUCAGUUUACUGGAAAUUUUCCCUUUUAAUUUGUGAAGCAUCUUCGUAUGAAUUAAUGUCAUUGUUAUAUGUUAUGUGUUUUACCUCAACAAGUUACAGCUAGUGUGAAAAAUUUCCUUAAUUGUAAUUCGUCAUGUGAAUUUAUCAUUGUUCCAUCUUAAGAUUUACUACCUCCAAAGAAUUAGUUAUUGUGAAAAUUUUCCUUGUAAAUUGUCUGUGUGAAUAUAUAUUCCUUCCAUUGUUCCAUCUUGUGGGAUUUACUUCGCCAGUAAAAUACAAUUGUUAUUCCGAAAAUUUUUCUUAUUUAUAAUCUCUAUGUAAAUCCUUGUUACUGCUCCAUCUUGUGUAUUUUACCUUAUUAAUGAAUAACAGUUAUUGUGAAAAUUUUCAUUUUAAACUGCAGCAUAUAUUCAUAUGAAUUUGGUAUUGUUCCAUUUUGUGGAAUUUACUGCAUCUAGAAAUUAGUUAAUAUGAAAGUUUUCCUUUUAACUUGUAAUAAGCUUUUAUGUAAAUUCAUAUCAUUUUCAUAUGUGGUUUACUUCACCAAUGAAAUAUAAUUCUUGCGGAGAAAGUUUUCUUUUUAAUUUGCAAUAUAUCUUCAUGUAUAUGUAUGAUAAAGUUCCAUCUUAUUUGAUUUGCCCCAUCAAUGAAUUACAGUUAUUAUGAAAAAAAUUCCUUUUAAUUUGUAAUAUGUUAUUGUAUCAAUUUAUGGCUGACGUACUUUAGUGUAUCUCCGAGUUUGUCGUCAAUAUGGUAACCCAAUGAAAUGAUCUUCCAGCAGCCCUAAUGCUGUUUUGUUUACUACUUUUUACAGUGGUUGAGUUGUACAUGAACUACAACUAUUUUAUGAAAAAUGUUAAAGUAAAAAUAAAGAAUAUUGAUUAAAGAUUUUAAUUUAGUUCUGUAUUAUAAUUAAAAAAAUUUUUAUUGUUUAUAAGACAUCGUAAUAGUAUUUUUAAUAUGUACAGAAAAUAUUUAUUCUUUUGCAAUUCUUAACUGUCGGUAUACUGGAACAUUUUCCCUUUUAAUUUGUGAAGCAUAAUCAUACAAAUUAAUGUCAUUGUUCCAUGUUAUAUGUUUUACCUCAGUGAGUUGCAGUUAUUGUGAAUAAUUUCUUUAAUUGUAAUUCUUCAUGUAAAUUUAUCAUUGUUUCAUCUUAAGAUUUACUACCUUAAAAAAUUACAGUUAUUAAGAAAAUUUUUCUUUUAAUUUGUAAUUUGUGUGUGUAAAUAUAUAUUCCUUCCAUUGUUCCUUCUUGUGGGAUUUACUUUAACAGUAAAAUACAAUUGUUAUUCUGAAAAUUUUUCUUAUUUAUAAUCUCCAUGUGAAACUUUGUCACUGCUUAAUCUUGUGUAUUUUACCUUAUUAAUGAACAAUAGUUAUUGUGAAAAAUUUCUUUCCAAUUGUAAUAUGUCUUCAUGCAAAAUAAUGUCAUUGUUCCAUCCUAUGUGGUUUACUUCAUCAAUGAAUUAAAAUUGUGAAAACUUGCUUUGUGUGAAUUUGUCAUUAUUCCAUUUCAUGGGGUUUAUCUCAUCAAUGGAUCACACAUGUGAUUGAGAAAAAUUUCCUUUUAAUUUGUGAAGUAUCUUCAUGUACAUUAAUGUCAUUGUUUCAUAUUAAAUGUUUUAUCACAUCAAUGAAAUGCAGUUAUUAUGAAGUAUAUCCUUAGUGGUAAUAUGUCUUCUUGUGAAUUUAUCAUUGUUCCAUUUUAAGUAAUUUACACCACCAAUGAAUUAGUUAUUGUGAAAAUUUUCCUGUAAUUUGUAAUGUCUUUGUGUGAAUAUAUAUCAUUGUUCCUUCUUGUGGAGUUUACUUCACCAAUGAAAUACAAUUGUUAUUGUGAAAUUUUUCCUUCUUAUCUAUAAUAAUUUCCAUGUGAAUUUAUGUCACUGUCCCAUUUUAUUGGGAUUAUCUCGUCAAUGGAUUACAGUUAUUAUUGUGAAAAUUUUCCUUUUCAUUUGUGAAAUAUAUUCAUGUAAAUUUACAUCAUUGUUCCUUCUUAAAAGGUUUAUCUCACCAUCAGAGCCAGCCUUCUCUAUGAAAGGUGCAAGAAGCUAUUUGGGGUCCUAAAUUUUUUGCAAAGUAAAAAUAAUAAUAAUAAUAUGAACACACAUUACUAUUGCAUGUUUAUUUAAUGCGUGCUUUCGUUUUUGCUAUUAAUUAGUUUAGAAAAAAUUACAAUUUUUGAAGUUUCUUUUUCAAUGCUUAGUAUAACAAGAGCAUUUAAGAGUUAUGCACACAUGCUUGACCCAAGAUAAUUCUCUAUUAAUUUUACUUUUCUGAAAGAGUGCUCAGAAUUUAUUGUAGUAUCUGGCAAUGUAAAGAAAAGAUUUAAUACAGUUAUUACCUUUAGAAAAAAAUCAUUAUAAUCAUUAAUUAGUAUAUAUUGCAAUAUGUGUUGAGCGUUAUUUACAUCCCUUUCAUUCAGAAUCAAAUCCCGUACCCAAACAAUUAUUUGGUUUAGGUUUUCAUCUACAUCGCUAUUGUAAAACAUUAAAAAAUUUUCUAAUUCAUGUUUUUCUAAAGUUUUUAUGUCAGUGAUUAAUUUAAAAUCUAUCUUCUGUCUGUAGAAUAACAGUAUCAGUUACAGAGUUAAAAAAUAACAUCUAAAUUUCUCUACUGGGUUUUCUAUAAUUUCAUCUUCUGCUGUUUUGAAAUAUAAUUUUUUGCUUUUUCUAAUUCUUUUUUCAGGAAAAUGUUCCGAAAGAUUUAAAUUGCAUUCUAUCAGUUUUGCUUCAUCUAUAAAUGAAUUAAAUUUUGAAUAUUAGUUUUAAUUUUAUUGGAUAAAUUAAAAGCCUAGUCAAGAACAAUUGUUUUUACUUGAAAUAUUUUAUUGGUAGUGCUCAUUUUUGACAAUAUUGUAAACCGUACUAUUAAGCUUGAAAUAAAUGCCAUUUCUUGUAAUAAAUCCUAUAGACCUUUAGCUUUUGAACCGCUGAAUUAUUGUUAUUUGCAUCAAUAAAUUCUUUUAGGGCAUUACAAGUUUGUUAAAACUGUAUGUAUACUGCUUUAAUCAUACCUAUUUUGGCUUCCCAACAAGUGUUGCAUAAUGGUUUAAGAGUAAUGUUUAAAAGAUUUGUAGAAUUUUUUUUUUUUUUUUUAUUGUAUAAGCAGAAAAUAAGCAAUAUAAAUGUUGCAAUAUCCAAAAAAAAAAAAAAAAAUGUACAUUCAAUUUUGCUGGAAGUGGCAAUACAAAUUAUUAAAUUAAAAGAGUGUGAUAGAUAAGGCACAUAAAUUGUGUAAGGAUUUAGAGCAAUUAUUCUAGAUUGUACACCUUUAUAUUUCCCUUUCAUGUUACUAAUGUUGUCAUAUGCCUGUCCACUCACUACAAUUCAUAAUAACUAAAUCAAGCUCACUUAAUAUUUCCAAUAGAGCUUUUGCUAGUCCUUCUCCAGUCACAUCAGUUAGUUACUUCAAUAAACCGUAUGAAUGACUUAUUUAUACUUAAUCUUUUUUUUUUUUUUUUUUUCAAAAUUUGCAUGCCUAAUAAAGCCUGGAGUUUGAUUUUUAUGGGAAAUAUCAGAAGUAGAAUCUAUUUGGAUACUGUAAUACAUGACUACUUUUGUAUAGUCUUCAAUUUUGUUAAGAACUUCAUUUCUUAACUGCAGGAAUAAUUUGUUCUUGUGAUGUAUGGCUAAAUCAUGCACCAUACUAUUUUUAGAAUUUUUUUAUUCUGUUUAUAUGAACUAUAAGCCCAGAGUCGUAUUUACUUAAUAAUUCGAUUAAACUUAAAAAAUUUCCAUUAUUAGGCGUUCCUAUUAUUUCACGGUUUCCUUGAAGUGGAGGAUUCUUGCAUGCUAAAAAAAGAAUCGCAUCUACAAUUCUUUGAAAUAGUGAUUUAAGCCAUUCUGUUUCCUUAUUUAUAUUAACUUCAUUUGUUUUAUCAGAGUCGAACAUAAAUUUAGUCGUUUCAGUAACUCUUUCUAAGCAAUAAAUGAAUUGACAAAUGGAAUACUCAUGGUCUGGAAUUAUAGUUGAUUACUUUCACUAGUUAUUAUAAACACCUGUAAAUAGUGUAGAUUUUUCAUUUCUUCAGGAAAAUGUACAAAAAAAGAAGAAAAAAAACUAGUCUUUCGGUGAUCAUUUCACCAUUUUAGCACUUCUAAAAAAAUAAGUAGUGGAAAAUGAUCUACCUUCAGCAUUCUUAGCAAAAACUCCUUUGUGUUCAACAGGUCUGUUUUUAACACAAAAUAUUUUAAACUUAUCAUUUAUAAUGCUCGUUCAUAAACCUGAAUCAUUUAUAUGCACUUGAUCACAUUUGUUGUUGUCAUUUUUGUCGUUAUUUUCUAAUUCAAACCUAUUUAUAUAAACAUACAGUUCUUCAAGGAUUUUCAGUUUCUAUUCUUUCAUUGUAAGAUUAUGUAGUUUGUGCAAAACUUUCUUCACCAGUUGAAGCUUGAAUUGUAACUUCUGAAGUUGAAGCAAUUUCAUUGUGAGAAUUACAUCAUAGAGAAGAAAACAGAUAUACUCACGACUUUUUGAAAUUUAGUUUUUCUUUUUUUGAAACCAAGUCUUGACACCCAGAGGGAGACUUCCUUGCCAUGGACAUGAUUAUAUCUAAUAAUAUUAAGCAUUUUAUAGUAUGAAUUAUCAAAGUAAUAGAUGCAAUUUAACCUAUUCAGUGAGGUAAAUGGCCGUACUUUAUGUUUAUAAUAUGUUGCACACUUGCACUAAAAUGUAAUAUAUUUUCAAACUUUGCAUAUUUCAAAACAUUUUUAAUUUCUUUCUAUCUUCUUUCCGUCCCUCUAUUACCGUUCAGAACAUUAUUUUAGUUCUUAAUUAUGCUGGGGCCUCCAUUGAAUUUACAUUGUUAUUAUGAAUUUUUUUUUCUUUUAAGAAAAUUCUGCUUUAGUUGAUUAUUUGUGUGAAAUUUUGUAUAAAUUAUUCAUUAUUCCCUAGAUUUUUUUCAUUACUGAAUCAAUAUUUAUGGAAUAAAUGUUGUAAUUUAACAAAAAAAUACUUUUGUGAAUGAUUAUAUAUUCACAAUAAUCCAAGAAAAUAUUAUUAGAAAAUUUGCUUUAAUUCUGUGAUGAAAAAAAUGAAAUCCUUCUCUGCAUAAUAUAUGUUUUCCCAUUUAAAUUAAUUUCCAGUGUUUUGUGUGGGAAUUUCAUUGUGUCAUAUGUACAUGCAAAAUUCACUAUUUUUUGUGGAAAAUAGAUGCUGUUGUAAAUAACUAGGGAUAUGAAUUUAGUCUGUAUUUUAUAUAAUGAGAACCAAAGUAUAUUUAUAUUCCAUUUAAUAUUCAAUUCUUGUAACAUGUUAACUUAAGUGAAAAAUCAAUAGAUUGCAGUAACAUUGCUUCAGAGGGCCAUAAAACUAGCUAUGCCACCCUUUCUUUCUUUCUUGACAUCAAUUUCUUUCUUGACAUGAUGUAGGAUCCAGUUGUAUUGAAGGGGUUUAGAAAAAAAUCUGUGUGUUGGAAGAUGAAAUAGUGUAUUUCUUUCAUUUGAUAAAGCCAACUUAAAUGAGGUAGAUAAAAAAUAAUAGUAUUGACUUUGGCACAAUUUAUUCUAAUUAAUUGCUACUAUCAGACUGAAAGUGCAAUUGAAUCCAUUAAUUUAUAAUCUAAAAUUUUUGAAAAGGAAAUCAUUUACUGAUGUUUGAAUUAUCUUUUCAGUAAAAAUCAGUGAAUCAUUUCCAAAGGUUAAAAAUCAUAUAGAAUUUUAUAAUGUUGGAAUUUAAAAGUUUUAUUGAAGAUAUUACUUCUCAUAUCUGCAUGUAUGGAAUGAAAAUGUUCAGUAGAUUUUAUUUCACAAUUCAAUGAAAAAUUAUCAUUUGUACUUUUAACAUUAACCUAUUAAUCAACAAGAAUACUGUCUACUAAUAUGAAUAAAUUUUUACUAUAUUAUCUUGCAUAUUGAUGCUACUCUUUAUGAUAAAAGCAAAAUUUUGAUAUGUAUCUCUUGCUUGUGCAUGCUAUAAGUCACUGUGGCCCAGAUAGCUUCAGAUAGUUCUGCUGAUUCAAAUGUUCCAUCAUAUUCUGAUUGUAACUUAAUAUUAUAAUAACUUUCCAUAGUAACUCAUUUUAUAAGUUAAAAUGCAAUAUCUAAAUAUAACUUGGUUAAAUAAUUACAUUUAUUUGAUAUCAUGAUUUUGAUGCAAAAUCUUCCUAAACUAUUAGAUGAAAGGAAAUAUAUUUGAUGAGGAAUGAGCUAAAAUAUUCAUAGUUUUCUAAAAGUGUUUUUGAAAAUGUCUGAAAAAUUUAAUUUUUGUACUAUCAAAUUUUUGCAUAUACUACAGUUAACAUUAUUGACUGUUACCAUAUUAUAUAUUUUGUAUGCAAUUCUCAUCAAUCGCAUCAUUGAUUGGAGAGGGUUACUGUGAACCCCUUCUGCUUAAAAUUUUCUUUUUGUGUUCUUGCAGAAUUCUAAUAGCAGUUCUUUGCAAUGUUGUUCAUGCUGUUUUUAAAUGUUUAUAUAUGUACAUGUAUGUCAUUUAGAUGUUGAAAUAAAAGGUUGUGUUUUGUGAA